AUGACGAAGUACCUUGUCUUUGUGAUCGGGGCCCCAGGCUCUGGCAAAGGUAGCCUUUGCCACAAACUCAGAGAUGAUUUUGGCUACUCCCACUUGUCGAUCGGGGAUCAUCUUCGAGAGAUGGUUGCUUCCGAUAGUGACACUAUUUCCAAAGAAGUCAUGAAUUGCAUUGCCGACAACGAGCUACUAGAUAUCACGGACCUAGAACCAAUAAUGACUAGAGCUAUCAAUACCCUUUACUCUAACGGAGCUAAAGUGGUGCUUUUGGACGGCUUUCCGCGGGAAUUGAACCAGGCUCUCCAUAUGGAAAAGUGUUUCAGGGCCCCUGACCUGGUGCUACAUCUUCAGUGCGAAGAGCCUUUGGUUCAUCAGCGUUAUCUGACCAGAGCCAUCCCCGGACGUAACGAUACAACAGACGUUUUUAAGAAGAGAUACAAAGAGUUCGUUAGGCUCAACAGUCCGAUCCUUGCGGAAUAUAAUCAUAGGGGAAUUCUUGUCACGGUCGACUCAAGUGGUGAUGUUAAUGCCACCUACCAGAAACUGUUAUCGGCACUUAGGGAGACUGUUCUUGAUCCCGACCGUGACAAUUAG